AUGACGCUCAAAACUCUCACUGCUGAGUCGGCAGCCAACCUCGACAAAGAGCUCAUGUCUCCCGAAAUGGGCUUCAGCAUCGACCAACUCAUGGAACUCGCCGGCCUCUCCGUCGCCCAAGCCAUUCACAAAGUCCACCCACCCAGCAAAGGCGCCAACGUGCUCCUCGCCUGCGGGCCCGGCAACAACGGAGGCGACGGCCUCGUCGCCGCCCGCCACCUCUACCACUUCGGCUACAAGCCCUCCGUCUUCUACCCGAAGCCCACCAACCAACCCAUCUUCCAAGGUCUACAGAAGCAGCUGAAAGCGCUGCGCAUCCCUUUCGUCGACGACUUCACGGCCGCGCUGAAGGAGACGGAUCUCGUUGUCGACGCCCUGUUUGGCUUCUCGUUCAAGCCGCCCGUGCGCGAGCCGUUUGACAAGGUGCUGGAGGCGGUGAUUGCGGCGAAGAAGGAGGUGUUGAGCGUGGAUAUUCCGAGUUCGUGGCAUGUGGAGGAGGGGCCGCCGAAGGAGGGGGAGUUGGGGGCCAAGUUCAUGCCGGAGUAUCUGAUUAGCUUGACCGCGCCGAAGCCGUGCGUGCAGUGGUUCAAGGGGAAGAGGCAUUUUGUGGGCGGCCGGUUCUUGGGCCAGGAGUUCGCAGAGAAGUUUGGCUUGGAUGUGCCGGCGUAUGAGGGUGUGGAGCAGGUUGCGGAGUUGGAGGUUGGGGCGAAGGUUGAGAAGCUAUAG